AGACACCAUGAAGGUCCGUCUGCUUUUAGGUUUGGUGGCCGUUGCCUUGGCUGACGUGACUCGCUUCUAUGGGGAAAAAGUAUUCCGUCUGAAGCCUGUGUUUGACGAACAUGUGAUUCUCAUUAAGGAGCUGGCCAGCAGUAUAGAGGUUGAUUUCUGGAGGCCCGAAAGUGUUGAGUUGGUGACAAUUGACAUCAAUGUGGACAUCCAUGUCCCUGCUGCUCACACUGACAUGGUGUUCACCAUGCUGCAGCAGAGUGGCAUGGAGCAUGAGGUCAUGAUUGAGGAUCUGCAGGCCACUAUUGAUGCCCAGACGGAUAAUAAGGACAUUUCUCCCAGGAGCCAUAGUUACACCAAAUAUAAUACCUUGGACGAUGUUGAGGCUUGGAUUUCUUCCAUCUCCUCUUCCAAUCCUGACCUGGUUAGUAAGCAGGUGAUCGGAAACAGCUACGAGGGACGUCCCAUGACCCUCCUUAAGAUUGGUAAAAAGUCCAGCUCCAGCAAGCCCUCUAUCUUCCUUGACUGUGGUAUCCACGCCAGGGAGUGGAUUUCCCCUGCUUUCUGCCAAUGGUUUGUUAAGGAGGCUUUGUCCACCUAUGGCAGUGACACUCAAAUGACGAGCCUGCUCAACCAGAUGGAUGUCUUUGUUCUUCCCGUAUUCAACAUUGAUGGAUAUGACUACACUCACAAGAGAGACAGGAUGUGGAGGAAGACCCGCUCCAGGUCAUCUGGAUCCAGCUGUUAUGGCGCUGACCCCAACAGGAACUGGAACGCUGGCUGGUGUACUACUGGAGCGUCCAGCAACCCAUGCAGCGAUACCUUCUGUGGCUCCAAGCCUGAGUCUGAGAUUGAGGUCAAGAACGUGGCUGAUUUCAUCCGCAAAAACAAGUCCAUCAUCAAGGCCUAUCUCACCAUCCACUCCUACUCUCAACUGCUGCUCUUCCCAUACUCCUACACCUUCCAGCUGGCAGAGCACCACAGCGAGCUGAUGAGCGUGGCUGAGGGAGCCUCCGAGGCCCUGCGUAGUUUACAUGGUACCCGCUACACCAGUGGCCCUGGUGCUGCCACCAUCUAUCCUGCUGCUGGAGGUUCAGAUGACUGGGCCUAUGACCUGGGAGUGAAGUAUUCCUUUACCUUUGAGCUGCGUGACACUGGCCGUUACGGCUUCCUGCUACCCGUGUCUCAGAUUGCUCCCACCUGUGAGGAGACCAUGCUGGCUGUCAAAUAUAUCACUUCCUACGUGCAGAAGAACCUUUACUAAAGAAGGGGUGUAGUCACCCUCACCUUCUCUCUACCCUCACUCUCUGCCCCUGCACCUGCAUCUGGCAUAAUAUCAACGGAUACAAUGUGCCAACUGUUUUGUAACUAACUGUGAAUGUCAGAAGGAGAACAAACAAUAAAGGUGUUUUCAAUCUCAAAA